AUGGAGCUUUCGUUAACAAGCUCGGAGGUGCGUCUCUCGUGCACCGAAGUCCCCACCGUCAAUGACAAUCUGUACCUGAUCCAACCCUUUGCGCUCGCUUACCUCUUCUCUGUCGCUCUGUACGUCAAAUAUUGUAGACGCAACGAGCCACAACCUCCCGCGCGGAUCCAGUAUACCACCGUCCGGAGCUUCCUUAACCCAAGCUAUUUCGUCGCCUCUUUGUGGAGAGAAGACCAUGGAAUUUCCAAAGGAUGUUUAUUCGCGGCCCUUUGCGUUGUGUUCCCAAUGGCUGAGACAAACUUGCAACGAAUCCUUGUCGUUUUCGUCACAGUUUUUCUUGGUACCAUUGGUAAUCUGCAACUCGACCAUACUUCACCUGCUCUUCCUCCUCACGAGCAUCAGAUUCCGUUACUUCCAGAUCCAACCUCUCGAGUUGAGGAAAAAAAGAUGGAUACAAAGAAGGAGUAG